UUGUUUUUCCAAAGAAAAAAAUAAAAUUUUAAAGAAAAAGUUGCAUCCCAAUCACACGCAAGAAUCUGGAUAAAGCAAGAAUACAGGCAUGGCUGUGGUGCUGGUUCAGCUCUCAUAUACGCCCAGAUUGAUACUAACACAGACCCACCAGAAAUCCUUCCUAAAUGGUAAAACCUCAAUUCCCAGAAUUCAUUUGGCAUGGUCGUACAAAAAUGGAAAUGGGUUGCCGGAACUAGACUGUCCUGUACCAACGGAGCAGCAACCCAUAAACGAGUACCAGUCCCUCUCAACCUCUUUCCCUUUCUCCUGGGCCGCCGGUGACCUAGUUGAGUACUCCUCCGGGUUACUAGUCACCGGUGCUUCUUUCGCUCUUUUUGUCGGGUUGCCCGUUGCCUGGUUCGGCUCCGUCGGAUAUGACUCCGACCCUUCGAAAAAAAUUCUUACUGCUAUUUCAAGUGGGAUCUUCGUCGUGAUUCUUGCCGUCGUGAGGAUGUAUCUGGGUUGGGCUUAUGUUGGUAAUCGUUUGCUGAGUGCCACUGUUGAGUAUGAAGAGACGGGAUGGUAUGAUGGUCAGAUCUGGGUAAAGCCUGCAGAAAUUUUGGCACGCGAUCGUCUUCUGGGUUCAUUUUCAGUGAAGCCUGUGCUGAGCAGACUCAAGUACAGUCUAGUGAGUCUAGCGGCAACACUGUUUCUGUGUCUUGUUCUUCUCUUCAAUGUUGAUGGAAGUCAAAAGGUAGAAGUGGAAGAGAGAGUUAUUCGUGGAGUCUAUAGUGAAGAAUCUGCCAGAGCCUUUGAGCCAGACGCUUUCUGCGGUGAACCUUCACUUUAAUAACCUCCCAACCAUGACUCAAACCUCUAUAUAUACAACAAUAAUAUGUGAUUGUAACAUACACCACUUAGUUUACUAUAACAUGUAUAUGUGUAUAUAUAUAAGUUUGUAUAACUUAUGAUGAACACUAUAAUUUUAUUUAUUGACUUAGCUAAAGAGCUUUAAAUAGACUUUAAUUUUAGCA